AUUCAUAAUAUCAUUUAUCUUGCAAACAAAACAAACACUAACACCAACUUCCAGAAAAGUUAUGGAGAAGCGAUCAUUUAAAUUGAUUUUCUUAGGUGCACUCUUGAUGUUUUCAUGGGGUUUACACACGAUAACGCAAGCAAGAAAUAUCAGUAUUCCAUGCCAAAGUGAUGAAGAUUGUGCUAGUCCAAAAUGCCAUUGCAAUGGUCUCAAUCUGUGUGUUUGCGGAGGCGAUUCAAUUGGAUUAUUUGAACAAACCAUAUCCAAGCAUCUAGAAGUGCAAAAGAAGGAGAAGGGGUGUCUCCUCACAAAGGGGGUCACAGUGACCAAGCCCGAGCAACUGUUUACCAAAAACACAGGUCUCCGCAAAGUCGUAAGACCAUGUAUGGGGGCUGACGCCUGCCCAAUGCCAAAAGGUCAAGUGACAGGCGAGCCAAAAACCCAAGCCCUAGUGAAUGGCGACCAUAACUAUAAUGGUCCCAAGGCAGCGAAAUUCUUUGUUACGUAAGUUCUGACCCACAUGAACGGCGUAAAUGAUCAAAGCACUGUCUUAGAGAAAGGCUCGUGGUGAAAUGGAAAAUUUGAGGGUUACAACUUGUCCAAAUUAUAAAGUAAGAUAAGUUAU